AUCAUCAAGCGUAAUAAGAAUACAAAGUUCAACAUAAAGAUGGACAUUCCUUUCAUAUUGGGUUGCUUAUGCUCCAUUAUUGGUUUCGUCCAUGCUGAGGAAAGACGUAAGACCGAGAAUAUAAAUGUCAAAAACCUAGGAACUUCUUCAAGUGAAUCUGAUUACAGAAGUUACAGAGUAAGUGGAUAUGGCGGCUUCACAGGUGAUGGAGUCAAUGAUCAUGGUUACGUAAGUAGAAAAUAUAGUGGCUAUAAUGACGGUAUUAGAAGAAAUGAAUAUGGUGCCGCUAGUUAUCAAGGUUACGGUAGAUGUGGAUAUGGACGUAGUGGAUACAAUGGAUAUGGUUGUUAUGGAGGAGGUGGAUACAAUGAGAAUGACUGUUAUGGAGUCCGAAGAUUUAGUGGCCCAUGGGAUUAUAAUCGAGAUAUAUAUGGUGGACUAGGUCCAAGAUUUCAUAGCUACGAUCGUCAUGCUGGCGGGAGGAAUUAUAAUGAUGGUUACGGAAGCAACGGAUACAGCGGUUUCAACGAUAAAUAUAAUGGCCAUAGCAGUUACGGAAAUAUUGGAUAUGGUGGUUUCGGCGGUGGGUAUGGAUAUAAAGGUGAUAGGUACGGUGGUUAUAGUCUCUAUGAAAAUGGUAAAUAUGGUGGUCUCGGUGGUGGAUAUAAAUAUAGAGACAGUAGAUACAGUCUCCCUAAUGACUGCGGAAACAGAAUAUACGGUGGUCUUGGAGGUGGAUAUAGAUAUGUAAACAGUAGACACAACGAUUAUAGGGGUUUUAGGAACAAUGGGCAGGACAACUAUAGAAAUGGUGGGGUAUUUGGCUACGCCAGCAAGUACUUGGACCGAGGAUACAGAAACGGAUUUAUUGAUUUAGGAUACGGAGGAGUUCGAUAUGGUUGUUGGUAAAGAUGAAGAUAUGUGUUAAGAAACGUUCUUUGAGUCAUAGAUACAUCUUUUCUUCAUAUAUCCUGGAAAUUAUGUUUUUAUAUCAAUAUAAUAAAU